GCUCGGAUAGCGCCGCUGAUUUCCGCCGGCUUCUCGAGUGCCGCAGCCCAACUCCGGCGACACCCGCCGAACCGACCGUGCGUGACAAAGCUGUCCAUUUUGCGAGUGCCUACCAGUCCCUCUUGCCUGAUUUCGACACCAUGGAGGGUGAAGAGGAAGGCAAUCCGGCCGAGCACGCCAAGCCACUGCAUUCUCGCGCCGAACCAACGCCACCCUCGAGCUGCGCAGCCUCCGAGAAGUCAGAAUACAUGAGCAUGGCGUUCCGGAGGAGUCCUCUGUUCAACCCUCCCCAGCCGUCUUCUGAUGUGGCUCCUCAUAGCCCCCCAGCAUCCACGAGCUCCGCUGCGGGCCCGUCCACAGCGGCAGUGGACAGCCGCAACGACACGCCUUCCGCAGAGCAGGACCAACAUCGUCAACAACCGAGCCAGAGCGGGACUCCUUCGCCCCGGUGCUCAACCAACGAGGCAUGGCCGCUGUCUUCGCCCCCCGCGACACUUCCGACACCCCCAGAACCCAAACCAUCAGCCUCCGCGGCCGCUGCAACUACUGCACGCAGCAAGGGCAAGUGGAACCGACGCGUGACAAGCACGGUGUUUGAGGAGCGCACCAUCGGGCUGCAGAUCUGCUCCAAGCUUCUGACGGACCAGUUGGCUCGGGCGCUGCUGCCGAAGCGGCCCGAGGGCGCUGCCAGCGGCAGCAGCAACAAUGCGAGUGGCAGCGGCGCGAACGGCGGCGCGGAGGAGGAGGAGGAGGAGUCGGCGCAGAAGCUGCAGGUGAUGCUGCUGAUCGAGGCAUACGAGGGAGUUCUGGAGGAGUGUCGGGAGACAAAAGAAGAGCUAGAGGAGGAGGCUGGUGAGAACGAGGUUGAAGGGGCGGCGGAACUGGAUGACGCGGUGCAGAUCCUGGAGCACUGGCUCGAUUCGCUGCAUACCAUUUACCAUGAUGCUUUUGAAGGGGAUGACUAGGCCUAGACGGAGGUUUAAACGCAGUCGCCAUUGUAUACCUUAACCCGGGUACCUGUACUUUCUUGUAUCGUGUUCCGUGGAUCAACUGGCCCCAACACUGGUGCGUUGGCGUGACUAUUACAACGAGACUACGAUAGAAUCAGGUAGACAAGCUGGCUUCUUCAAACAACAGCUGCUGCGAACGCCUGCGCAGCCUCCCACACGACCGGCACAUAUAUACGGC